ACGUGAGACCGCCGAAAUUGCAGAUAACCGUGAAGAAUCAGAAUAUUUUUCUGAAACACUUGCGGCUGAACAAUUCUCACAAUAUGCUCCAAUAGUAGCUACAACAACAACAUCAAUGAUCACAACAGAACCACAGUUGUCGCCGCCGUUGCCACCACCACAACAACAACCAAUGCACUUACAACAUCAUCACAUGCAGCAACAGCAGCAACAACAACAACAACACCAUCAACAAUAUAUGCAUCAACAACAAACAUUACCACCACCACCAAUACAACACCAACAAUAUAAUACGGCAGCAAUCACACAAAGUAGUCAAGCAGCAGCAGCAGCAGCAACAACACAAAUAUAUAAUCAACAAAAUCAUCGGCAGCAACAACCCAUACAACAGCAACAACAAACACGACAAUUACAACACCAACAAUAUCAACAACAGCAACAACAACAACAAUACCAACACUACCAACAACCACAAGCGCUGCGUCAGCAACAACCACAAACACAACCUAUUAAGCAAACUUCUCAUUUAUAUCCUACUGCAGAUUAUCACCAACAGCAGCAACAACAACAACAACACCAACUGCUACAGCAGCAACAGCAGGUGCCACAAUCUCAAUAUCAACAACCCAAUAACAGUUAUAAUCAGCUACGUUCAAGCAUCUUGCAGAAUUCGCAUCAUCCAACCGGCGCACUUCAAGCUGUGAAUGAUGUUAAUACGCCCACCUAUGCCUAUGAUCAAUAUGACAACAACUACAUACGUGCCAGCAACAACAGCAGUAAUAGUGCAGUGAAUCCAGCUACCGUAUAUAAUAACAACAAUGGCGGCUUAAACUAUACUACACCACAAACACAAUUGAAUGCAACAUUAGCGCAUCACAGCAAUGGAGUUAUAAGCAACGGCACAACUAGCAGUAACGGCGUAACCGUUGUUAGCGGCAAUCCGAGCAACUCAAAUAUCGGCAAAAUUGCCGAUUAUGAUCCUUUGACCGAUGGUCCACGUCAAAUACCAAACACCGGUAGACAAAGUACCACACUUAUCUAUAGCUCAGAUAGCCGCGGUUCUGGUUCCAAUUCUGCUUACCCAAAACGUAUUGGCUCGGUAGCUGACAUUGAUCCUGCUAAUGGCAUUUAUGGGUCUCUAACUGCUGAUAACAAUAUUACAGCAAAUCAUCACCAGCAAAUGCAUCAUCAAAACCAACAACAAAAUCAUCAGCAGAAGCAACAGCAAUACUAUCAGCAGAUAAAUAAGAUGACCCAACAACCAACACCAAUGCCGCCACAGCAACAACAAAUGCAACAGGCUCCUCCACAACAACAAAAGUCAUUAAAAACCAGUUUGCGUGUCUAUCGGGCUCUGUAUGACUAUGAGGCACAAGAUACUGAUGAAGUCAGUUUUCGUGAAGGAGACGUUAUUUUCGAAGUUGAUUCCAUUGAUUCCGGCUGGAUGACCGGCAGAGUGGAACGUACUGGCAAAAUUGGGAUGUUGCCCGCUAAUUAUGUGGAGCAGGCGGUUAUUUAAUAGGGAUUCUUUUAUUACUGUUGUUGUCACCAUGUUGUUUCGAUAACAAUAAUGCUGGUACAAUGAAUAAUUAUAAUACUUACCGAAAUCCCCCAAAUUCUCCACCCCCAUCCUAUCCAAAAGAAGAACAAAAACCCAAUAAGCAAAACAAACAAUCACAAGUUGAACAGGA